AAUCUGCCUAGCGACCCUGUUCAAUUGGCUCAGGCACCGAAAUGAACCCUCCCUGAAAUUAUCACACAAUGCUCGUGCUGGAGAAGUUUGAAAAAUAUCAAUAUCGCCUGCAGGCUUCAUGUAUCCUAACAUGCCUCUGCCUGAAAUGUGCGCUAUGAAUUAAUAUAGUCAGAAAAGGUACGUAAGAAUGUUCAACUCUCCUAUGUGUUCUUCACAACUUCUGGAUGUAGAUGGGUCAUUCAUAGACUGUCCAAAGCCAUAUCCAUAGCAUUGUGAUAACCCUGGUUUUCACUGACUGACACCAAGUGCCCGAGUAAUGUAUUUAAGCCCCUGUACUUCACCUUGAGUACUUUUGGCCUUUCAUCUUCACAGUUUGGUAGACAGAUAUGUAAAGCUCUGUCGUCUUCUACAAAAACUUAUCCUAGCAGGUCAUUACUUAGUAAAGCUGCAGUAAAACUUAAAUUAAUAGCCAGUUAAUAGCAACCAACAACAAACUCCAGGGCUCUGUAAUCAACCAUAUGAAAUUCAGUAUAUGCCUGCCAGUCAUUUUGCAAUAUAGAAAGGAGCAAUAAGACUCACAUUUUGCUUUCUUGCACAUGUAAGAUACAUUUAAAAGGCUACAUACAGUAUAAAAACUGUCAAAUGGAAGAUAACAAGCAGUGUUAGAUGCAAUGAUGAAACGCAACUGUCAGAUAGAAAUGUACCAGACAGUCAGCAGAUCAAUGCACUGGGUCAAAGGCAGUUAGACAGUUGAAAUGUGGAAACCACGUAAGUCGCAAGAAAAUAUGAUGACAGCAGAAAAGUAAAAUACAGAAGUUCUGUUAAACGGACAAAGUCCAAAAAAGGCAAGAAAGCACCGUGCAGGGUGGACAGACGACCAAGACAUCGGCUGAAGGCCACAUACCACUAAGUGACAUCACCACUGGGCCAAUAAAAGAUCGAACAUAUCCUGAAGCUGACAGAACGCGCCUUCUCCAGCUUUUGAUGUAUCACUGUAUUGAAAGCUGUAUUGCUAUUAUUAUUUGCCAGUAAAAAACUUGUACAACGAUCGUCUUGUCCGGUGCCUCCUUCCUAAACCAGCACGCAAAGAGAAAUACUUAACACACAGCAACCUAAUACAAAGCUCCUCAACCUACCAGCUCUAAAUGGCCAUCUUCAACCCUCUCCACCAAACAUCUAGUACGUCAUCAUGUCCUUAGUACAUAUGUUCAUCAUGAUUCGGGUGUCAGCUUAUUGCAGUUCCAAAUAUAUAUGUUUUUUUUUCCACUCCAUAAGCUGUUUUAAUAUCAAAAUUGCAAAUAUGUCUAAAGUGUAUUUUGUUUAACAUAACCAUGUAAUAUCUUUAUUUCAUUGUAUAUAUUAUAUUUCAUUAUUUUCCAUUUUAUCUUUUCUAUCCUUGUCUGAAUACUUUUGGUUUUGCCUAUUAGGCUACCUAUGUAUGUGCAUUCUGUAAAUGUAGAUAGGCCAACUUAAUUACAUUCAUGAAUAUCGCAAAAUCUUGCUGUCAAUCACUAGUGCUUUAUGGGUUAACCUUGCACGCAUAAUAAACACUUUUUUGUAAAAGGGUUUUAUUAUUUAUACCUUCGACUAGAAAGUAAUUGAAGUCAGCUGCCAUACUGUUCUUUUGGAAAUUCUAGUGGUUGGUUGUCACUGCAAAAUAAAAUGAUAAAAGGACAAACUGAUUGCAAUCUUUGUGUCUGUGGUAGAAAACGUUUCAGCCUUUUCCUCAUUACUGCGCAGCACCAUCUGACUGUCUUUGCGAACACACCCCGCUUACUUGUUACCACAGCAACUUGACGCAACUUGUGACAAGCUGAAGCUGCCUGGUAGCAAGCUAGCUAGCUCGUUUGUAAAUGAUUUGAGGGUAAAAACAGUAACGAUGGAGCAUCUCAGAAAUGGACACGGGGGACUCUGGAACUGUCCACGAGCGUCCCAGUACAGCAAGGAAACUCAAGAAAUGCUAAAAAUGAUGAUGCAAGAGUCACAGCUCAACAACUUCCAGCAGAGGAAACUCAGCGGUCAUCUAAGGAAGGGGGAAGCCCUUCCACUCAGCUGUAACCCUACCACAUCGGCGCCUCCUCCUCCUCAGCCAAAACCUAAGGUCAUCAAGACAUCAGCGCCCCUGGCGGCCAAACCACUGAGACGGCAGGCUGAAACGUGCAAAGCGGGAGACAACUACAAAAGGGAGAUGUUCCGCCCCAGUGCAACACGGGAUCUGGAAAAAGAGAAGAAGAGAUUGCAGAACAUCUUGGCGGGUGUCCAAGAGGACCCCAAACCCAAAGGGUCUAGGAAUCUAUCAAAGGAGAAGUCUGUAGAAGAAGAGAAGGAUAGAUUUGAAGAGGUUCUGGAGGAGAUUGAAGAUCGGAAACAGUUCUUAGAGGAGAUGACCUCAGUUGGGAUGGGUCAUCAUUACCAGAAUGUCAUCAAUACUGAGAUCUCACAGAAAAUUCGGGAGCUGGAGUUGAUCGACAAGGCUCGCAGUGCCUCAUUUAAGUCCCUCUUAAAAGAGGAGAAGAAAGGACAGAACUUCAGCAAUGCCAUUCACUCCCUCUGACACUUUUGGCAACAGUUUAUUCAACGCAUAAAAAAGACACACUGCCUUUUUUUCGUUUCGUGUUAUCACUGACACAAAACUUAAAAUAUCAUGGAGCCAAUUUAAAACCUUUCAGUAUGGACUUAUGGAUGAUGGACCAUCAUCAAUAGACUGGGAAUCAGAAAACCCCCCAGAUAUUAUCCUACUUACCAGUAUUUCUGAUUAAGAGCAUUAUUCAAAUAAGUAUUUCAUUUCCUAUGUUGUACUUGAGUGUUUGUUAUUUUGUCAGUUUUGUUUAAACAUAUCACAAAGCUAUAGGCCCAUAGUUGACCGCUGCUGCUGGGAAGCUGGCUCCUCAUUACGACUCAUUUGUGGAGUGGCGCCCCCUAGUGAAUAAUGUUCAAUGCUAAAAUCUAGCCAAUAUCUUCUGAUGUGAAGGUUCAAAGUUCACGAAAUUUGACACGCUACAUCGCUACCACUUUUUUUGAAUGAAUCUCUUCAAUCACCCCUACUGGACCCAGUCAUACAUCUACAAUGUGUUUGCAAGCCAUAGCCCUUUCUAUCAAUCUGUUUGCUUUUGGUCAAAACUAAAUGGUAAAUAACACCUUCACAA